UCAAACACUGAGAGCCGUCAGAUCUAGGGCAAGCGAAGAUCAAGCAAGUCACUCAUUCGCCUACACAAACACUCCCUUCCAGCGAGAGAGAGAGAGAGAGCGCGAGAGAGAGAAAGAGAGAGAGAGAGAGAGAUUGAAAAUGGUGCAGCGUCUGACCUACAGGAAGCGCCACAGUUAUGCUACCAAAUCCAACCAGCACAGGGUUGUUAAAACCCCUGGUGGGAGAUUGGUGUAUCAGACCACCAAGAAGAGAGCUAGUGGACCAAAAUGCCCUGUUACUGGCAAGAGAAUCCAAGGGAUUCCUCAUCUGAGGCCUGCUGAGUACAAGAGAUCUAGGCUGUCUAGGAACCGAAGAACUGUUAACCGUGCCUAUGGUGGUGUAUUAUCUGGAGGAGCUGUAAGAGAGAGGAUUAUUCGAGCUUUCUUGGUGGAAGAGCAAAAGAUUGUGAAGAAAGUUUUGAAGAUUCAGAAGCUAAAAGAAAAGGUGUCCACAAAAAGUUAAGCGGGUUUUCCACCCUAUAUUAGUGUUUUAAUGUGUUUUGAAAAGGAAUUUUGACUUGAAUAGUUGUUUACAAGUUAUUUUGUCGUCAUUAUCCGAAAGUUAUGUGGAAUUCAAUGAGCAAUUAUUAUUUCCCCGAUGUUUAAGAUUAUCCAUGAAAGCAUCAAUCUCUUUGGUCAA